AUGCACUAUUCAAAACUCCUAUCCCUCCUCCCCCUCCUCCCCCUCGCCACGGCAAUCUGUCCAGGCUACAACUACGCCUUCUUCAACGACGACGACAACGCCAUGUUCUACACCACCACCACAGACUGCGUAGUCGUCAAAGGCGAGCCAUGCACCAACGUCUGCAUGUGCGAGUGGUGGGGCUGCGGCCCUGGAGGCUCCGUCAACUCCGUCAAAGUCAACGGCCUCUGGUACAAGUGCCGCAACGACGCGAACAAGGGCAAGUGUGGGCCGAAUGAGAUGUCGCAGGUUGCGAACAAUGCGCCAGAAAGCUGCUGCCGUAAUGAUGGUUCGAGGAACUUGGCCGAGGGGCGUAUUACGAAGCGUCAUGCGAGUGUUAUUGAUGAGACGAAUGCGAUUUUGGACCGUCAUGUGGAGGAGUAUGAACAUGCGAAGAGGAGUGGGUUGGAUCUGGAUGAAGUGCGUCGGCAACAGAAGGUGGAGGUUGCUGAGGCUAUGGGAAGAGAGGAGGCUGUUGCAGGAGUUUUCUAG